AAACAAUGACGUAUUUGUUUAAUUACUCGUCGGUGAUUGGUCUGCCCAUUAGGGAAAACUUAAAACUGAGGUUGCCCGCUGAAGUCUGUCCUGUAUACUCUUGGUGGCUAUGAAGUUCUGCAGCAGUCAGCGACUGGGUUCUGUUCUUGCCCUUUUCUUUUUCGCCCUAGUUUUCUGGGAUGUCCUUGGGGUCAGGGCACUGGACAAUGGCUUGGCGAGGACUCCUACCAUGGGCUGGCUGCACUGGGAGCGGUUCAUGUGCAACCUGGACUGCCAGGAAGAGCCUGAUUCCUGCAUCAGUGAACAGCUUUUUAUGCAGAUGGCAGAGCUCAUGGUCUCUGACGGCUGGAAGGAUGCAGGUUAUGAGUACGUAUGUAUAGAUGACUGCUGGAUGGCUCCCCAAAGAGAUUCAAAAGGCCGACUUCAGGCAGACCCUCAGCGAUUUCCUGGAGGGAUUCGACGCCUAGCUAAUUAUGUCCACAGCAAAGGACUAAAGCUAGGGAUUUAUGCAGAUGUUGGAAAUAAAACCUGUGCAGGCUUCCCUGGGAGUUUUGGAUACUAUGACAUUGAUGCCAAGACCUUUGCUGACUGGGGAGUAGAUCUGCUAAAAUUUGAUGGCUGUCACUGUGACAGUAUAAACCUUUUGGCAAAAGGUUAUAAGCACAUGUCAUUGGCCCUGAACAAGACUGGCAGAAGCAUUGUAUACUCCUGUGAGUGGCCUCUUUAUAUGUGGCCCCUUCAUCAGCCCAAUUACAAAAAAAUCCGACAGUACUGCAAUCACUGGAGAAAUUUUGCUGAUAUUUAUGAUUCUUGGGAAAGUAUAAAGCUCAUCUUGGACUGGACAGCUUCUAAUCAGGACAGAAUUGUUAAUAUUGCUGGACCAGGGGGUUGGAAUGAUCCAGACAUGUUAGUGAUUGGCAACUUUGGACUUAGCUGGGAUCAACAAGUAACUCAGAUGGCUCUCUGGGCUAUCAUGGCAGCUCCUUUAUUCAUGUCUAAUGACCUCAGACAAAUCAACCCUCAAGCGAAAGCUCUACUUCAAAAUAAGGAUGUGAUUGCUGUCAACCAAGACCCCUUGGGAAAGCAGGGGUAUCGCCUUAGAAAGGAAAAAGACAUUGAAGUGUGGGAACGACCUCUCUCAAACUUAGCCUGGGCUGUAGCUCUGAGAAACCUGAAGGAAAUUGGUGGACCUCUUUCUUACACAACAUCACUUGUUUCUCUGGGUAAAGGCGUUGCCUGCAAUCCUGGUUGCUUCAUUACACAGCUCCUCCCCAUGAAGAAGGAUUACGGCUUCUAUGGAUGGACUUCCAGUUUCAAAACACAAAUAAAUCCCACAGGCACUGUUUUGCUAAAGCUAGAAGCUAUUAGUGUAAAUUGAAAAGCUUAGUACUUUGAAAUCUAUUUUUUCCAGUGACUAUUUCCUGCCUGCUUCUUUGCAUUUCCACUAUAAAAGAUCUACUUCCUUGAAUAAAAUUUCCCUAAAUUAGAACUUAAAAAAAA